AUGGCGGAGGCAUUCCCACAUCUGAACCCGACGGGCCAAGUCUUCGCUGCCUACUACGAGACUGCCUGGGAUCACUUCCUGGACGGCAAAUACGACGAAGCCAACAAUCUCUGCAAGUUCCUCCUCCUGCAGCCAAACCUGGGCCGUUUUCAUCAAGCUGGCUGCCACCUCAUCCUUGCACACUCACCAGACUGCUACGUUCAACAUGCGAAGAAAGCUGUAGAGCUCUACCACCUGAUCCGCACCACCACAAAUGAGGAUAUCGAGCAUAGAGACAGGCUCAUCAAACUCGCCGAAGAGGUACUCGAGAAAGCUGAGCAUGAUCACGCGAUCUAUUCGAGUCAGGAGUUGACUGAGGAGGAGUACAAUACCGCCAUGGAGGAGGCCGCUCGGUUUCAGAUGGAUGCAGAGGCAGAGAUGUACGGAUACAACCAACCCAAUGGAGAGCAGGAGGGCGAUGACAGUCAGGGUUCAUCGGCCACCGCACAAAAAACUCCCAAGACGGGUACAUCUCAGUCUCAAGAGCAGAAGGACUCUCAGACAUUGUUCUCUGCCAAGAGCUCUCCCAGUGCCAACAGGUCUACUGGUGCUAAGGGAGACUGA